AUGAGGCAGGCGCACGAUGAAACGCGGAAGGGUUGCGAUAGCGUAACAUUACACACUGAUGUCGGGGACAUAAAGUUAGAGUUGUUUUGCGACGAUUGUCCUAAAACAUGUGAAAACUUCCUAGCCCUGUGUGCGAGCGAUUACUAUAAUGGGAAUCUGUUCCAUAGAAAUAUCAAAGGCUUCAUCGUCCAAACAGGUGAUCCUACAGGCACAGGAAAGGGUGGACAGUCCAUUUGGAAACGGAAAUACGAAGACGAAUUUAAAGAAAAUCUAAAGCAUAAUGAACGCGGCAUGGUAUCGAUGGCAAACAGUGGACCUAACACAAAUGGAAGUCAAUUUUUCUUUACGUAUGCCGCACAGCCUGCCCUGGAUCUCAAGUAUACGUUGUUCGCCAAGGUCAUUGACGGAUUUGAGGCAUUGGAUGAGCUGGAAAAACUGACCGUGAAUCCCAAAACUUACCGACCUUUAGCAGAGAAAAAAAUUAACAGUGUAACAAUACAUGCGAAUCCGUUGGCUGGUUAG